CUGCUGACACGACAGCAGAGCGGAAAAAAAUAGAAAAAUAACCUCAAGAAGGAGUUGCCAAUUUGCACCUAUUAUAUGUACACUGCAAUCCAGGGGCUCCUCAAUCUGGGAAAGUUACCUCCUUUGACACCUUGACGUUUUGCAAAUUGAAAGUUUUCCACCCAAAACCCAAUUUUCCAAGCCCAGAAUGCAUUCACUGUGGUUUCUACUUGCUCUGCUGGCUUUCGUUGGCUGUUGCCCAGGUGUUUCAGCUUUGCGUUGCUAUAAAUGUGAGGACUGCGAUGAGAACACUCAGCUAAGUGACAUGGAAGUGUGCGAUGGCCCACUUAUGAGUGGUAAUGGACAGGGCACUCCUGCCAGUUCCAGUCCGAGUCCUGCUCCAUCUCCAUCUCCCUCUCCUGCUGCAUCGCCCUCUCCCAAUCCUCAGCCUUCUGGCGGAGGUGCUGCUUCUGGCGCCCCCGUUCCCGCUCCCUCGGAGGCCAGCGAGGAGGAGGAGGACUAUGAAAGCGAAGAAUCGGCCACCGUAGGCAUCAUGCCAGCAGGAAAUGGUGCAGCCUCGGGAACCGGAACAGGAAAUGGUGGAGCAGCUGCAGGAGCAACUGGAGGAGCAGCCGGAGCAGCUGUCAGUGAGGAGGAGGAGGAAGAGGAGGAAGAAGAGGAGGAGGAGGAGCGUCGCAGGCGGAGAUCGUAUGUCCGACAGGUCGACCUCGAUAUGCCAAUCGCCUUCUGCUACACAGUGAGGCUCCAACUUAACGAAUCGGUGAUCACCAAAAGGGGCUGCACGACCGCCAGGAAGAGUAACAAAACCGAAGGCUGCGAAGGGCUCUUCGAGAACUGGACCGUGGGCGGAUGUAACCUGUGCCAGGACGACGGAUGCAACCAGCCCAAACCAAUCAGUGGAGUAUCGUCCAGUCGAAAUACCGGGUAUUCUUGGACUAUUCCAGCACUCACGCUAUUGGCAUUUAUGACCCGUCGUCUGGUUUAAAAAUCACAACAUUCCCUUCGGGCAAUUGUUUUGAUAUAUAGAAAUAUAUGGCCCACAAAGUUCGAUUUCGACUUUGUCGUCUGA